AUUGUGCUUUCUUUUGGUUUCAGAUGUUCAUACAGAAGCUGUACAGGCAGCUCUUGCUAAACACAAAGAAAGGAAGAUGGCAGUGCCCAUGCCUUCCAAACGAAGAUCCCUGGUUGUACAGACUUCCAUGGAUGCCUAUACACCCCCAGAUACCUCUUCCGGUUCAGAAGAUGAAGGCUCAGUGCAGGGUGAUUCCCAGGGAACCCCAACCUCUAGCCAGGGCAGCAUAAACAUGGAACAUUGGAUCAGCCAGGCCAUUCAUGGCUCUACUACAUCAACCACCUCGUCCUCCUCCACUCAGAGUGGAGGCAGUGGGGCAGCACACCGGCUGGCGAUGCACAUAGCCUGGAGGGCUGGAUGCCUUUGCCUUUUCUGGUAUCUGAUUUGCUCUUGUCAUUAUCUGAGUUAG